AUGGGUUGGUUCGAUGGACGAACUUCUUCAUCUUCAGGCCAUGUCCGCCGACGCUCUCCCUCUCGUCGAUCCACCUAUUCGACUCACCAUUCUCAUCACUCGACACCAUCAAUCUUCAGUCUAGGUGGUGGCGGCGGCAAUCGGUCGGGGCGAUCAAGCCCGUCAGUCUUUUCUACCUCGUCCUCCCGUCGGGCACGGCCUCGAUCUGGCUUUAUCCAGCGAGUGGUUCGUUACAUCAAACGCCUAAUCCGUGACAUCUCCAUUUAUGCCCGCCGUCACCCAUUCAAGGUCCUUCUCAUGGUCGUUGUCCCGCUCCUGACGAGCGGGGUGUUGCAGAAACUGUUUGCCAUGAUUGGGAUUCGCCUACCGAGAAACAUCUUUGGGAGCCUCGGCGGCGGACAGCCCGCACAAGGGAGUGGAGGCGGCAUGGCAGACAACAUCCACGGGCUGAUGAACAUUGCUAAGAUGUUCAUGUAG